AAACAACAAUUCUUAAUUAUUAACUUCACAGCUCUGGGGGUUGGUUAGCCAGUUUUGCUCAGGGUCUCUAAUGCAGUUGCAGCAUCCAGAGCUCAUGUCUGGCACCUAGUCUGGGAAGAUUCAAAGAUCCGGGGGCUAGAAUAGCUUUAGCUCUUUGGUCAUCUCUUUUUUUUUUUCUUUACAUGCUUUCUCUAAAUGUUUUCUCCUGCUUCAGGGUAGCCAAACUUCUUUUCAGGAAGCUCAGGGCUUCAAAGAUGUGUGUUCCAAGGGAGAGAACCAGUGAAAUCUUCAUUGCCUUUUCUAACCUAGCCUCAGAAGUCAAGGCAAUCACAAGUUUAGUCAGCUUUAGGGGAAGCAACAGACUCCACUUCUUGAUGAGGGAUGCACAAAAAAAUCUAUGAACAUAUUUUAAAACCACCAGAGAACUUCACAGGCCUCUGGCAGAAAAUCUAGGACAGAAUAAUGAGUCAUUCACUAAACCACAAAUUGCUUCAUUGUGGUUCCCCUUUGGCUACGGGGGAAUAGUGCAGUGUUUAAAGGCUCCUGCUCUGGCCUUAGGCUGCCUGGGCUUGCCUCUGCCCUGACACUUACUAAACCUGGAACCUUGACCAGGUCUUGGCACCUCAGGUUUCUUAUCUCUAAAUUGGGAACAAUGAGAGCUAACAUUUGUUGAGCACUUAGUAAGUGUCGGACACUGUCCUAAGUGCAUUAUGUAUGUUCUCCUUUUAUACUCAAGAUACCCCUAUGAGGUACUUAUCUAUUAAUACUUCCUAAGUCGUAGGAUUGAUAGUAAAAGAGGCAUCUUCCAGGUCUGUAGUGUGGAUCAAAUGAGACCAACUAUUAUGUUUGCUCUUGGCACUAUUAAAGCUGUCGGGGACAAAUUCUAGUGAUGCCCGGCCAGUACAGUGAGCCGUUUCCAGAAAUGGACCCAACCUGCACAAUGCCACACAGGACUGCAGACCGUUCCCAAUACAGAGUGGAAGCCAAGAUCAGGGCUGCGAGGGCCAGGUUUCUUGACAGGUGUCAAAAUUUCAUAAAAAGGCCAGUCAUUCCGGUUCUCACUGGGUGAUAUGGGUACAAAACCUGGAACAUUCCUGGAAAGUGAGAUGACAAGCCCCGUUUUGAGUUUGCAGAACGGGAAUUUUGAUGAUUUUUCUGGAAAAGGAAUCCACGACUCCCGGCGGUUGGAGUUCCACCAGGAGAACACCCGUCCUCUGCCUGAAGCGUCCCUAAGUGUCCAGGGCCCGCGUCGUGGCCAGAUGCACAAUGCUGACACCCUUCCCGGGGCCCUCUAGUGUAUUCUGCCUCCUCUCGCGUUCCCGUUGCCACCCUUGGCUUCCUGACUGCUCCAGCCACCUUCCCCUCCUCCCUCUUCCCUGAGGUGCUCACUCGGGCGAUUCCAGGGCGCCCAUCUUCCCAGCCCGGGCAAAACCCGGAAAGGUGGAAUCCCUCGCCCGGAGCGCCCCGGCGGCCACUGGGCAUGCUCCAUUGUCAGGCAGGUUCGGGGCUGCAGGCAGCUUGCGCUCCCGGCGGAUUCCUGCAGCGGCCGCGCGUCCUCCUCCUCCCAAGCAGGGAGCGGGCGCAUGAUGGCGGCAGCGGCUGCUGGGAGCGCCAGCAGCGGCGGCGGCGGCGGCGGCAGCAGCGACACGUCCAGCACCGGCGAGGAGGAGAGGAUGCGGCGCCUCUUCCAGACGUGCGACGGCGACGGGGACGGAUACAUCAGCAGAAAUGACUUGCUAAUGGUGUGUCGACAAUUGAAUAUGGAAGAGUCUGUGGCUGAGAUCAUGAACCAAUUGGGAGCAGAUGAAAAUGGGAAGAUUUCCUUUCAGGAUUUCACAAGAUGCCGCAUGCAACUCAUUCGAGAAAUUAGAAAGGAGGAAGUAGAUCUUUCUGCAAAGUCAGACAACUCCUGUACAAAGAAGCUGAGGGAUAGAAUUGCUUCCUGGCCCACGAGCAGUGACAACAGUUUGGGUGCCUUAUCAGCAGCCAGGGAGAGCUGGGAAUACGAUUCUGGUGCCAGGGACCUCCAGAGCCCGGAUGUGCAGAGCCAGUCAGCCCUCCAGAAGCUGCUCGAGUAUGGCGGAAGCUCUUUGCAUCAGCAGGCUGCUCUCCACAAACUGCUCACGCACUCCCUGCAUGUUGGCAACUCUGUAGGAGGAAGCUACCUAGAGCUGGCCAACACGCUCCAUUCGGCAGCCCUGGCAUCACUAAAGGGAGAUAUAGUGGAGCUUAAUAAACGUCUCCAGCAAACAGAGAGGGAACGGGACCUUCUGGAAAAGAAAUUGGCCAAGGCACAGUGCGAGCAGUCCCACCUCAUGAGAGAGCAUGAGGAUGUCCAGGAGCGAACGACACUUCGCUAUGAGGAGCGCAUCACAGAGCUCCACAGCGUCAUUGCAGAGCUCAACAAGAAGAUAGACCGUCUGCAAGGCACCACCAUCAGGGAGGAAGAUGAGUACUCAGAACUGCGAUCAGAGCUCAGCCAGAGUCAACACGAGGUCAACGAGGACUCUCGAAGCAUGGACCAAGACCAGACCUCCGUUUCCAUCCCCGAAAACCAGUCUACCAUGGUCACCGCUGACAUGGACAACUGCAGUGACCUGAACUCCGAACUGCAGAGGGUGCUGACAGGGCUGGAGAAUGUCGUCUGCGGCAGGAAGAAAAGCAGCUGCAGCCUCUCUGUGGCCGAGGUGGACAGGCACAUCGAGCAGCUCACCACGGCCAGCGAGCACUGCGACCUGGCGAUUAAGACAGUCGAGGAGAUUGAGGGGGUGCUUGGCCGGGACCUGUAUCCCAACCUGGCUGAAGAGAGGUCUCGGUGGGAGAAGGAGCUUGCUGGACUGAGGGAAGAGAAUGAGAGCCUGACCGCCAUGCUGUGCAGCAAAGAGGAAGAACUGAACCGGACCAAGGCCACGAUGAAUGCAAUCCGGGAGGAGCGGGACCGGCUCCGGAGGAGGGUCAGAGAGCUACAAACUCGACUACAGAGCGUGCAGGCCACAGGUCCCUCCAGCCCUGGCCGCCUCACUUCCACCAACCGCCCGAUUAACCCCAGCACUGGAGAGCUGAGCACGAGCAGCAGCAGCAAUGACAUUCCCAUCGCCAAAAUUGCUGAGAGGGUAAAGCUAUCAAAGACGAGGUCUGAAUCUUCAUCAUCUGAUCGGCCAGUCCUGGGCUCAGAAAUCAGCAGCAUAGGGGUAUCCAGCAGUGUAGCGGAACACCUGGCCCACUCACUUCAGGACUGCUCCAACAUCCAGGAGAUUUUCCAAACACUCUACUCACAUGGAUCUGCCAUCUCAGAAAGCAAGAUUCGAGAGUUUGAGGUGGAAACAGAACGGCUGAACAGCCGCAUUGAGCACCUCAAAUCCCAAAAUGACCUCCUGACCAUAACCCUGGAGGAAUGUAAGAGCAAUGCCGAGAGGAUGAGCAUGUUGGUGGGAAAAUACGAAUCCAACGCCACGGCGCUGAGGCUGGCCUUGCAGUACAGCGAGCAGUGCAUCGAAGCCUACGAACUCCUCCUGGCACUGGCCGAGAGUGAGCAGAGCCUCAUCCUGGGGCAGUUCCGAGCAGCGGGCGUGGGGUCCUCCCCUGGAGACCAGUCGGGGGAUGAAAACAUCACUCAGAUGCUCAAGCGAGCUCAUGACUGCCGGAAGACAGCUGAGAACGCUGCCAAGGCCCUGCUCAUGAAGCUGGAUGGCAGCUGCGGGGGAGCCUUUGCCGUGGCCGGCUGCAGUGUGCAGCCCUGGGAGAGCCUAUCCUCCAACAGCCACACCAGCACAACCAGCUCCACAGCCAGUAGCUGUGACACCGAGUUCACUAAAGAAGACGAGCAGAGGCUGAAGGAUUAUAUCCAGCAGCUCAAGAAUGACAGGGCUGCAGUCAAGCUGACCAUGUUGGAGCUGGAAAGCAUCCACAUCGAUCCGCUCAGCUAUGACGUCAAGCCCCGGGGAGACAGCCAAAGGCUGGACCUGGAAAACGCCGUGUUGAUGCAGGAGCUCAUGGCCAUGAAGGAGGAGAUGGCUGAGCUGAAGGCCCAGCUCUACCUACUGGAGAAAGAGAAGAAGGCCCUGGAGCUGAAGCUGAGCACACGGGAGGCUCAGGAGCAGGCCUACCUGGUGCACAUCGAGCACCUGAAGUCCGAGGUGGAAGAGCAGAAGGAGCAGCGGAUGCGGUCCCUCAGCUCCACCAGCAGCGGUGGCAAAGACAAACCUGGCAAGGAGUGUGCCGAUGCUGCCUCCCCAGCUCUGUCCCUAGCCGAACUCAGGACUACGUGCAGUGAGAGUGAACUGGCUGCGGAGUUCACCAACGCCAUCCGUCGAGAAAAGAAGUUGAAGGCCAGAGUUCAAGAGCUGGUGAGUGCCUUGGAGAGACUUACCAAGAGCAGUGAAAUCCGACAUCAGCAAUCUGCAGAGUUCGUGAAUGAUCUAAAGCGGGCCAACAGCAACCUGGUGGCUGCCUAUGAGAAAGCAAAGAAGAAGCAUCAAAACAAACUUAAGAAGUUGGAGUCUCAGAUGAUGGCCAUGGUGGAGAGACAUGAGACUCAAGUGAGGAUGCUCAAGCAAAGAAUAGCUCUGCUGGAGGAAGAAAACUCCAGGCCACACACCAAUGAAACUUCACUGUAAUCAGCGCUCAGGCACCGGAGUUCUGCCCAUGAGAGCUAAACCACAGCAGGCCACUGAGGACAGAAAGUACUGGAGACAAAGUACUUGUUGGGAGGAGAAGGAAAGGGAAGGCUGGCAGGUAGGUUGGCACUUGGACAAUGGAGUGCCCCAAUUCAGCCUUUGGGGCAAUUGGCCACGGUGACACUGUGGACUGUAUCCAGAGGUGCCCGCUCUUCCUUCGCGGGCCCACGACAGCGUGUAAACACAAGGUCUGUGCCUGCUCAGCAGAACCUCGUUUCUGCUUUCAGCACUCACUCCCUCCUCUUCUGGUCUGGCGGCUAUGCAUCAGCGGGAUCCCAAACAUGUUUCUGUAAGAUUUUCCAUGCUAUCCUCUUUCUGGUAGAUGGUGGGCUUAUCUUCUAUCAUCUCGUUUCUCCUCUUCCCUCCUGCUUCAUGGGAAAACUGACACACAGACCUGUGUGUGCCUCCUGCAUUUAAAAGGACUGCUGAUUUGCCUACUGCAGCAAGGCUUUGGUUUUCAAGUCUCAGGACUCAACUUUAAGAUAGAAUCAGUCAUAAGAGGCGUUCUCUGGGAGUUACAGGUCAUGGGAAGAGGGUAGACAGGUGUUACUUACAGUCCCAGAUACAUUAAAGUUACAAAUAGACCACCGUCAGGACUGUGCCUGAACAAUUUUGUAUUGAGAGAAUAAAAAUUUCCUUCAGCCUUCAUUUUGGAAGCAGGGCUGGGAAGGGAGCACUCUCUUGAUUCUGGGAUUUCUCCCUCUCAGUGGAGCCUUAUUAAUAUCCAAGACUUAGAGCUGAGAAUCUUUUUGAUGCCUGUAGUGGAACGAAAAUUUUAUCAGGGGUUUCUUCAAGAACAGAGAAGCAUUAUUAACACUUCCCACCCCAGGGCAAUACAUAAUUGCUGUUCUGUUGAAUCAAAUCUCUUCCACAUGAGUACUUUUGUAGCUCUGGAAUCUACCUAAGGACAAGACACAGGGGAUACUGAACAUUGGGCAAAACUGAUCACCCCUACUUAAGAGUGCUGCUUAACCCCUGCUUCAAGACUUAGCUCCUGCUGUCAUGUCAGGGACAGGGUGAGGGAAUGGUUGCUAAGGCUUCUUUUUUUGCCCCUAGAUACAUGAUGAUGGUUAGCAUAUGGUGCCUAAAAGAUUAAAUUUCAAGCAAAAUGCUGAGAGGACUAGGCAGGACCAAAGUACCUGAAUUCUUUCAGGAAGGUCUUCCAUCUUAAAUUCAUUAUUCUUUUUCUGCUGUAACCUUCAGUUUUACCCCUUCUCCUUCAGUUCUAUACUGAUACACUUAAAGGACCAUUCCUGUUUUUUUUUUUUUUCUGUAGCACCAGAGAAUCCAUCCAAAGUUCUCUAUGAAAAAUGUGUUUGAAUGCCACAGUUGACUACAAAUUAAAGUUGAUGAGGUUUUUGCAGUAGAAUCUUUACGUCCAUGAGCUAUGGGUGGGUCAAUUUUCAGAGCAUGAUACAAAUUCUACGCCUUCUGUUCAAUGGAGGAUAUCCAGCCACCAAUCCGGAGGGCAGACAGUUCUAUCCUAAAAGCAACCACUGAGAGACCAGAGUGAGACUGCCCAUUUCCAAACGAAACAAAAAAAAUCAACUGGUUAUCAGUCUGGAAGGACCACCUUUGGGGUGCUCUGAUUACUCUGAAAAUGCCCACUGGUGUCUAUCAAUCAUUUGGUCAAAGUUCCUGUGAUUUUUUUUUUUUUUUUUUUUUGAGAUGGAUUCUCACUCUCAUCACCCAGGCUGGAGUGCAGUGGUGCAAAUGGUGUUAUCUUGGCUCACUGCAACCUCCGCCUCCCAGGUUCAAGCAAUUCUCCUGCCUCAGUCUCCUCAGUAGCUGGGAUUACAGGUAUUUGCCACCACACCUGGGUUAUUUUAGUUUUUUUUUUCUUUAAGUAGAGACGGGGUUUAACCAUGUUGGUCAGGCUAGUCUUAAAUUCCCGACUGCAGGCAAUCCACCCACCCUAGCCUCCCAAAGUGCUGGGAUUACAGGCAUGAGCCAUUGUGCCCCGCCACUGUUAUGAUUUUUAAAAAAUCAAUUUUCACUUUUUGUAUAAAGCUGCAUUUUGUCAUGAGGAAAAUGUUUUGGCUGAAACACAUAUACCAAAAAAAAGAAAUAUAUGAGUUUUCACCAUUUUUCCAGCUUGCCUAAGGAAAUGUUCUCCCCUGAGCAAAUUGGGAUGUGCAUGGCUUUCUCUUUUGUGAUUAAGCAGGCAUCAAAUGGACAAUUUUCAUUUUCACCAACGCAAGAAUAAAAUCCUGCCUACUGACUUCUGCCUCCAUUCUUGCUCCAGGUAAAAUCGGAGAACCUUCCCUUCUUGGCCCUGUAAUUCCUCCAGGCAGAAAAGGCUUCAGCUCCUCUGUUAAGGGCCCCAGUGUUACGCAUCCUACCUGAUCUUAGUUUAAUACUUUCAAAUAUGUGAUGAUUUGGGUAAAAACUAUUUUGCAGGCAAAAGUGUUACUUUUACUUUUAUAAAUAUGUAUAAUAAAAAAGCUAUAAAAGUUUUUCCUUUCCUUGUAUUUUUCAAAUAAUCCCCAAGACAUUCCUUGUUGAAGGUGAACUAGCAGGCACUUCAUUAUACUAAUUGUGGGAGCUACUGUAUACUGAUUAAAUAAAUACUUGCAGGUGCCUGGGUAAUUUUCCUUUGUGUAUAAUCUGGCUCUACCUGAAUUUUUCUCUAAAUAAGAGCUGGUUUACAUUAACAUCUCCAUUGGGGGUAAACAAUGAACUUGAGUCUAACUUACAUGAAGUUAAAAACCUUCAGAUCUCAUAUUUUGAAUUGUUUCCUCAGUGGUUACCCCCACUUUUAGUCAGUAACCAUCUCUGUUCAGAGUUCAGUCUUUGACUUUUUAAAAGAAAUGGGCACGGAGCAAAAGGACCCAUUUCACAGUUCUCUUGGAGUGUAUUUCCCAUUGUGGGGCUGAGGCAAACAAAACCAACUGCACAAAUCACAAGCAAAAGAGACUUCUGUUCAUGGUUGGAGGGCCAUCAGCGUGUGAGCUUACCAGCUACAAAACCUGUCAUGGACUGAGAAGCAGUAAGAUUCCUUUUUGAAACUUGCAUCACUCUCAUCUGCUGGCUUGUCAGCUUUCUGAAGUUGAUAUCCAUGCUGCCUGAAACCGAAAUGUUCAUUUAAAAAAUUAAGUACCAGUUAAACAUAAUUGCUUAAUUCUCCUUUCAGAUGCAUGGACUAAGUCUUCUCUAAGCUUGCAGCAAAUUAUUAAAGGGAUCUCGGAGAGUUCUAAGUCAGAGCCUUGACAUUCUACUCCAAAAGGCAGUCCAAAUUAGAGCACAUAGGCUUUUUCCUUAAAACUGUUAGGGAGUAGUAAGAAAUUUACCACUCUAAGGAAAACAUGGAACUAUAUGAAAGUCUUCUAGUUCCUAACUGGAUACAGAUUAUUUUAAAUGAAAAAAAAAAAAAAAAAGCCCUAUAGUUACCUAUUGGACUGUCUGUCACUGGCAUGAAUUAAAGAACCUCCAUAGCUGGUUGUUCCCGUCUAAGGUGUUCCUGCAGCCCACAAGAAUUAUCCAGCAAUCACUUUUUAAGUCUAUCAGUCAACCUUAAAGCUCUUAAGAGUUUGAAUUAUCAAGCUUUCAAAUAAAUUGAUAUCAAGAUAAUAAAAAAAAGUAAUUUCUGGAAGUGUCCUUUCCUCCUUAAGGCUUUAAACCAUUUGCAAAUUCUUAAUUGGGAGUAUGUCCCAUUCAUUCUAUUAAAACUAUUUAUAGCUCCACCUACUUCUAGAUUCAGCAAACAGAACUAUUAGUUAGAAUAUUUUUAGAGCCAGACAGUAAGAGACCUUUGUAAUGGUUGAGAUUUCUGCACUGACCUUGAUUAGGGUGCAGUCAUAAGACUGCCAAAGUUUUUAGCAGGGGAUGGAGAGGUGGAACAUAAGUAACUUUUUUUCUGCAGAAGGUGAUGGCUUUGUAGAACACUAUAAAAAUUUUCAGAAAAACAUUUAGCAGUUUUUCUUAUCCAAUGGGAACAGCCUAUCUGACAAGGAAUGAUACAAGUUUGACUCACCUUUGAGCACUCUAGAGUUUAUAGAAGAGGCGUAACUGGUUACAAAACAAAAAUUAUGCCUUCACUACCCAGUUCUUAAAGUUUAUCUACAUCCUACAAAUCUUAAAAGUUUAUGAACCUGUGGUCUUCAGAAGUAUCUCCUGUUUCACACACCUGAAAUUACUCUCUAAGCUAAUACAUUUGUAUUCUCUAAGAAAUAAUGCUGACCAUUGUCACCACAGCAUCACUAAUCUCUCAGUGGCUGUUAAAAUAUAAACAAGUGGAAAAGAGUACAAAAGUUGAAUAGCAGCUGUUCAUGUAUUUUUGUUUUGCUAAUACCGGUGUAGAGAGAGACAGUUUCACAUGCAGGCCAUUAUACAUUUUUGCUUAAGGGUUACACUGGGUAAAUUCUCUGUCACUUUACAUCUGGGUGAGAUUUUGCACGUGACCAUGACAAAAACAUCAUUCAGUCCCAGAAACAGCAACUACUAUAAAAAACCACAUCCUUAACUAGUACCGUCAUCUUUCCAUGGUCAUUCAUCUGCUAAUCAUAUGAAAUACCAGCUCAGCAAAACAAAGCAAGUUAUAUACAAAAUUUCAUGACCCCCUGCCAGUCACACUAAUCCCCUACUUAGUAAUUCUUGCUCUACCACUUUUGCACUUUUUGCAAAUCAAAUUCAUGUGGAAAAAUGUUCUGUUUGUAGAACUCAUAGUAUUCACUUAUAGUGCUGUCAGGACCGCCAAGUGAAUAAGAGCCCCUGAUAAUCUGCUUUAGUGGACAUAAAACAUGUCCACUUCUUUUCUAGUUCUAAUCAGUUUUUAGACAUCUUAUCACGACUUACUUACUUUGCAUGAGAUUUGUUUCCUAUUAUUUGAAAAUGUGCUAUACACUUGAAUUAGAAAAACCUGCUUGAAUGUAUUGUCAGUUAUUAAAGCACAUGCGACUAAUUUGCAUUUGUCAGUAUUGUUCUGUUUGUACUGAAAAGUCUCAUUUUAAAAUUACUACUUAAUACUGUACUAUACCUUGUAAUUUUUUAGAUUCUUCACUUGUACUCUCUAAAUGUUUCCAGAUGCCUUUAGCUUUAGCUGCUUGUAAAAUAGCUACUUUGCGUUAUUUGAUAUAGAAUUGUUUUUUUUAAACUCCAUUUAUUUAUACAGAGACAUUUAUAAUAUUUUACAAACAUUCUUAUAUUCUGAAUAAAUAUUUCUAAUUCCA